CCUCUUCUGUCCUGUCCGUCCAAGAUGGGAAUUUCCCGUGAUUCUUGGCACAAGAGGCGCAACACUGGUGGUAAGAAAAAGGCAAUCAGAAAAAAGAGGAAAUAUGAGCUUGGCCGACCACCAGCGAACACUAAGAUUGGAGGCAAGCGUAUCCACACUGUUCGAACCCGUGGAGGAAACCAAAAGUUCAGAGCUUUGAGGCUUGACUCCGGCAAUUAUUCCUGGGGAUCUGAAAGUAUGUUCUCUUUUAACUUUUUUUUGUUUGUGGUAACAAGGGAGUAUGUUCCUUUUUUUGCCAGGUUUGAGGCUCACUAUGCAGUUCCCCUUGGACGCAAGAAGACUUCUAAAGCGGUUGAAAGUGAAGAAUCUGAUGUGCUGAACAAGAAGCGAUCAAACCACUGUCAACGCAAGAUGGAUGCACGGAAAGGACCUUCAAAGAUAGAUCCCCAUCUUGAGGAACAGUUCACCACUGGAAGAUUGUAUGCUUGUGUGGCGUCAAGACCUGGCCAGAGUGGACGUUGUGAUGGUUACAUUCUCGAAGGCAAAGAACUUGAGUUUUAUGUUCGUAAAAUCAAGGCUAAAAAGGCCAAGUAAAAAGACAACUUCUCUCUGAAAUUUGUACAAACUACAAUAAAGUACAUUACAACUGA